AUGUCUCAUUACAACCCCAACUGGGGUCCUCCCAAACGCUCCACUACCAACGACAAUGCUGGCGAGAGACAACCGAUCUACCAUGCAAACCCAAUCUUCCCUCGCGAUGACGGCCGAUCAAACGACUCCUCGUGGAUUGCUCAACUAAUUGUUCCGUCGGUGGCUGAUUCUCGACCAACUGUGCCAGUAGCUCCCCCACGUUCGGAUAGCACCCAGACUAGCAAAUAUUCCCUCGGCACCUCUCCGAGCCAGCGCCAGCUGGAGGGAUUCUCAAGCAGCCGGAAGACCGGGACACUCCCAGCUAGCCCACCGCCCGAGACCUCCCCAGGGAGGUUCUGGCUCGAGAGGUUGUCGGUCAGGUUUCAGCUCGAGAACUCAACCCACAUCGAACAACGAAAUUCUAAGGAAAGAGCUGCUGGUCAACGACUUCCCCAUCGCUUUUGGGAAAUACACGCAAGUCUACUCGAAUAA